AUGUCUCUAACUACCCCCUCAUGUCUCAGAAGCCGUAUAAUUNUUGAAUUUAAGCUUUUAACAGACGGUAUCACCAACAAAUUGGUAAAAUGCAGGCUGGAAGGGGAAAAGGAGGAGAACUCAGUCCUGGUUAGAGUUUAUGGUCACAAAACUGACCUCUUAAUUGAUAGAAAGGCUGAAACAAGGAACAUUAAAUUGCUGAACCGAGAAGGUUUAGCGCCAAGUCUGUAUGCAACGUUUAGUAAUGGUUUAGCAUACGAAUUUGUACCAGGUUGUACCCUCAAUUGCAAUUCAGUCGGCCAACCAACAACGUAUAAAAUGGUCGCAAGACAUCUGGCUAAAUUGCAUAAAGUACGAGAGGGCGUAAACAAUGGGGAACAUGCUCCAAUAUUGUGGGAUAAGUUAACUAACUUUCUAAACUUGGUACCUCAUAAAUUUUCUGAUCCGGUUAAACAGGAAAGGUAACAAACUCGAAUGAAUGAGUGACACAUAACAGCCGACAGCUUUUAAACUGCAACUAUUAAAAAAAUUGAUCAAUGCUUUUUGGGGUAUUCCCGGGUCAUUUUCUUUAAGUGUAACAUACUAUAGGGUUGUUCGGAAAGUCAUUUCGUUUUUUCCCGACAGAGGAUUUAAUUGUAUUCUUUUGCACCCAACUUCA